UUGCGUGUGUGUAAAUUGUGAUUCUCCAAAGUGUUCUGUCUGAAGUCAGUCUUGAAGGAAAAAAAAAAAAAAAGGAUAAACUAAAAAUUGAAAAUAUAAAUAUAUAAUAAAAUUAUCACAAUGGCAAGAAUUGUCGCAAUUAAAGAUACCCUGGAAAAAGCAUUGAAAGAUGAGUCUAAACCCUGGACAAAAUUAUUUGCCUUGGCUGAAACAAAAACUGGAAUUGAUAGAUUCUACGUUUUUCUAGCUGCAAUUGGUUUUAUUGCAUUGUAUCUUGUAUUUGGAAUUGGUCAACAAUUGGUAUGUAAUAUUAUUGGAUUUUUUUAUCCAGCUUAUUGCUCAAUGAAAGCACUUGAAACCAAAGCUAAGGAUGAUGAUACCAAAUGGCUUACAUAUUGGGUUGUAUUUGCAUUGUUUACCAUUGUUGAAUUUUUUGCUGAUUUUAUUGUAUCUUGGUUUCCAGUUUAUUGGCUUUUGAAGUGUCUCUUCUACGUCUGGUUGAUGGCACCAGUUGAUUACAAUGGUUCACUUGUUUUGUAUCAUCGUUUUAUUCGACCAAAAUUCAUCAAAUAUCAACCAGAUCUUGAAAGAUUUGUAGCAAAUGCCAAGGAUGCUGCUGUCAGAGCUGCUGCAGAUGCACUCACAAAACAAGAUUAAUAAAAAUCAACUGCAAAAAAAAAAGUAGCUCAAUAUUUUUGAAAAAAAAAAAAAUAUUAUAAUCAUUGGGGAUACAUUUUCAACAUAAAAAAAAAAAAAAAAAACUAAUUUCGAUUUUCAAUUUAAAUUCAACUCAGCUUUAAUAUAUACAUAUAUAUUUUUUUUCCAUUUAAAAUUAUUUCUAUUAUUCAAAGCACAAAAAAUAAAUAUAUCUUCAAACAUCCCCAAAAAAAAAUUGAUAAAUAAAUAAUUACAAAAAAUAGUAAUAAUAAAAAAACCAUUAAAAUUGAAAGAAAAAAAAAAAACAAUUUUAUUACUUAAGAAAAAAGUAAUAAAUUAUGCUGGAUUUGAUGGAAGACCUAGGGACCAUGAAUCGAGUAAUUUGAGGUCAUGUUUACCAGCUCCAAGACUGAUGAUCAAUCCACCAAGAUCACCCCUGUGACCUCUUCCUCGCAUUGAAUGCACAAUUUUAGCGAUACUAAAAUUCAAUAAUAUUUAAAAUUUAUUUAACCAAUUAAAUGAUCGUGUAAGAUAUAAAAAUUUAAUGAAAAAAAAAAAACAACAAAAUGGAAUGUUUAUAAUUAAUAAGAUAAUUAAUAUCAUACUUGGCCCAUUCUUCUUGAAGGGCAAUAAAUUGUGCCUUUAAAACACUGUCAUCAAGUUUAUUAUUAAAUAUAUAUUUUUCCAAUUUAACUAAUAAUGUUGGUAAUUUUGAUGGUAAUUGUCCAGUCCAUUUUAAUACAUGUGUUUUAAAAUUUUUUUUAUCAUUUUGUUCUGGUAUAAUAUCAAGUCUACAAAUAUCUUGACAUGAUACUGGUACAGCUACUGAUGUAUCAACACC